AUUUUGACGACCUUUAACUUAUUUUCAAAAUUCUUGACAAAAAAACUAGAUCGGCUUUCUGAUCUUCGAUAAAUUUCGUUGUUCGAUUGGAUUCCUAUCCUAUUUCCGUGUUUGAUUGGAGAUGGUUUUAUCGCAAAAGAUUCACGACGCAUUCAAAGGUACGGUAGAGAGGAUCACAAACCCUAGAACUGUAUCCGCUUUCAAAGAGAAAGGCGUACUUAGCGUUAACGAAUUCGUCAUCGCCGGUGACAAUCUCGUUUCCAAAUGCCCUACUUGGUCAUGGGAAUCAGGUGAUCCAAACAAAAGGAAGACAUAUUUGCUCUCUGAUAAACAAUUUUUGAUAACUCGAAAUGUUCCUUGUUUGCGAAGAGUUGCAUCAAUACAAGAAGAAUAUGAAGCUGCUGGAGGUGAAAUAUUGCUUGAUGAUGAUGAGAAUGAUGGCUGGUUAGCUACUCAUGGAAAGCCAAAAGAUACCAAGGGUGAUGAGGAGGAAAAUGUUCCUUCAAUGGAAACCCUAGAAAUAAGCAAGAACACCAUACAUCCAUUUUCUUCACAUUUUGGCACUGAAGAGGAGGAAGAAGACAUCCCAGAUAUGGAAGAGUUUGAAGAAUCUGACAAUGUUAUUGAGAAUGAUCCUGCAACCCUUCAGCCUACAUAUCUCGUUGCUCAUGAGCCUGAUGAUGACAAUAUUUUACGAACUCGAACUUAUGAUGUCAGCAUUACAUAUGACAAAUAUUAUCAAACUCCUCGUGUAUGGCUUACAGGUUAUGAUGAGUCAAGGAUGCUUCUUGAGCCAGAAUUAGUUCUACAAGAUGUCAGUCAAGAUCAUGCUCGCAAAACGGUAACUAUUGAAGAUCACCCACAUUUACCCGGGAAACAUGCAUCUGUACAUCCGUGUAAACAUGCUGCUGUUAUGAAGAAACUGAUUGAUCCUUUAUUUGCUGGAGGAUUCGAACCACAAGUUGACAAAUAUCUGUUCUUGUUCUUGAAGUUUGUGGCUACUGUUAUCCCAACCAUUGAAUAUGAUUACACCAUGGACUUUGACCUUGGGAGCUCAAGUACCUGAUUUCAAUGGAUUGUAAAUUUCUGGAAAUGUUGUAUCUGAUUUACCUGUUUAUUUCUCACAUUUGGAGAGGGAACUAUAGAUUUUAUAUUUAUUAAAAUAGAAAUAUAUAUAUUU